AUGUACGUGCCUGCACCUGUGCUGAUGCCGGGCCACAACUCGCAGCGCCCGUUCCACCCGGCGCUGGAGCAGGCGAUCGAGGUGCUCGAGGAGGGGACCGUGAAAGACAACUACGAGGUUCGCAAUGACGAAGGUCAUCAAGUGGCGAGACCAUAUGCUUUUCGACAGGCAGAAUGCGCUUCACGAAGAGCUGCAUGGUCUUGCUCAGUAAAGCGCCAGGAACGUGCGAAGAGGCUUCAACGGUGUCGGUCAAUUACAGGAAGGCUCCCAGCUGCGAACGACGCGCAGGCAAUGCCCAUGAGGCCCCGCACCCCUCUCGAUCAAGCUGCUAUCGCGGCAGCGGACAAUGGCGAGUACGAAUACGGCGCGGACGGCGGUGGAAGGGGAUGGGAUACGCAUUGGCCGGCGAAGCGGUACAGACUGACAGACCAGAUGAAGACGCUCAUCUAGUUGGCGUGUCUGAGCAACGAGUGUUGUCCGAUCGAGAACGAGAAGAACACUUGCAGGCUCGAUCCAGAUUGUUAGCGACGAGGGUGUGCGGAAGAACUUGCAUCAGAAGAUCGUCGCUGCCUUCCCGGAUGGCUGGCUCUCCUCCGGACAGAUCUCCCGUGAGGUGAGUGUGAUGGAAGACGAAAUACGAGGAGGCGAUGGAGAACGACUGAACGUUCCGUGCCGUCGUCGCUGGUAUCUCUCAUCGAACAUUGCGGCGUAGCUUGUCAGACCUACGCCACUGUCUCUGCUCGUGCGCGUUUGUUUCCACUGACUUCCUCAGUAGUUGUUCGCGGGGCGCGCCUAUGCGUCGCCGCCGCCUUACCCGUAUGCUUGGUAACUAGUGAUUCACUCUACCACACGUGUAUCGUAUCGUAUCUGCCUUACUGUCUCUGCAUCAGUCUAUGUGUGACUGCUAUACAAUUCGACCUCGAGUCCUUGAAUUCC